UCGCAACGUUGGGGAGCCCAAUAAAUUGUGGUGUGGCCUGCUGUCUGAAGGUAGGUAGGGCAAGUAGACUGUGGUGUGAGCAAACAUAUCCUACCACAGUAGCUGUCUCACCAGCCAGGAGCCCAGCAGUGUCAAUGCGACUUCGCCUCUGUUCUCGGAAACAACCCUGUCAAACGUCAGAGAACAGCGGAGAGUUUAACGUUUCAAAAGUCUCGUCUCCCUGCUCAGAGGAAUGUAGGAUACGUGUGUCGUCACAGCCAAACGAAACUGUGCACUUCGACAACGUUAACAACUUGUAAAGUGGAAAAUACAGCACUGCAACGGCGUGGAAGACAUUUCUCAUAGAUGUCCACUCAAUUGGAAAGAGGCCUACGGCUAGAGAAGACCAGACUUAAUGCGCUGAAACUCGAAUUGGGUGAGGAGAUUGAUGUUGAGAGUCUUGACGGAUGCCUGCCCGAGGGGCGGCACGGCGACGUGGAGAAAGGAGCGAAGGUGGCCGAGGAGCAGACAGCGAAGCAGCGCAAAAUGACCCGCAGCCCCAAAUGCGCCCGCUGUCGGAACCACGGCGUCGUGUCUUGUCUCAAAGGCCACAAACGCUUCUGUCGCUGGCGUGACUGCCAGUGCACAAACUGUAUGCUCGUGGUGGAGCGGCAGCGGGUGAUGGCUGCGCAAGUCGCCCUGCGGAGACAACAGGCGACAGAGGGUAAGAAAGUGACCAGGGGAGCAGCCACUCCAUUCCGUCGCACCGCUUAUCAGCGCUACACCAGAGCACCUAGCAUCUUAGCAAAGAGUAUCCUAGAGGGGUACAAACUCCCUAUGGCGGAGGACGGCCCCUGGUCCAAGCGACGUCACUUCCCCUCUGUCAGUGCCAGGAUGAGGAAGAGGAGGGCGUUUGCUGAUAAGGAGCUGGAGAGUGUGAUGCUGGAGAGAGAGCUGAGACAGAGAGAGCUGGAGGACAUAUCAGGUCUCACCCUGCUUCACCCCUCGGCCCUGGCAGUGAUGCCCGCCUCCCCCCACCACUGCUGCCCACACAAGGACCAUGGGGCAUCCACCUACGUGCCUGUGUACAAAUACAAACCGGGCCCUGUGCUGUAUGAGUGUGACUUCCACUGUUACCAGGAAGAGCUCAAGGCCAGAUCAGCAGAAAGCGGUUAUAAUUAUGGUCAGUUCAUGUCAAAGUGUAACUCUAACUCUGGGGUUCUGGAACACAUGGAGCAAGCCAGGGAGAGAGCACUGGAGAGCUGGGAGUGCUCCAGGAAGAGGGAGAGCUGUCGAGAGCCGGUACCCGUGCCCUUACUACAACUACAACAGCGGGGGAGUAGUUAUUCUGAAGGCUCAGCUGAUCUGGACAAGGAUAAGGCCGUGCCAAAAUGGGUCAAAGACGAUGCAACCGUUCCAAUGGCCAUCAUGCCAAAAAUAGCCAUCACACACUCUGACUCUCCCUCUGAACCAAAGCAUAUGUUUCAGGGAGCGGUAGAACCCUACAGACCCAGCAGGUUCCCAGAGCCUCACUUCCUCACACCCAGGGACUGGUCAGCAGGUGGGAUUAGGCAUCAGGACAGGCCUCGGAUCAACUCAAUGAAACCCGCAGUGGUGAAGCGGCCAUUACCGUUCUCAGUAGAGUCAUUGCUUAGGGCCUGAGGAACUCGUGUCCAUAAGUGCAUUUUCUAACAACAUUGGUUACUGUAAAAUACAUAACUAGUGAAAUAAUGUAUUUAAGAAAAUAAGUGUACCCAAAUCUAUGUCAGUAUUUAGUUUUAAAAAAUGUGCUCAGCAUUUUUCAAAGGAUUGUAAGACAGUAUUUUUAGAGCGCAAGGUACAUGUAUACAGUGGGAUCCAAAAUAAAUGACACCCUUGAUAAAGAU